GGGCCGGGCCGGGCUCUGCCACCCGCAGCGCAGCGGCCGCCGCAGCAGCAGCCUCCGAGCGCGUCCCUCUCGCCCAUGCCAGGUGCCCGUGCCGGACUGCACCGUGACUGAGCACCAUGGGGCCCAUGCGGGAAAGCGGCAAGGAGGAGCAGAAGGCGCACCCGGAGAAGGAGGUGUCCCGCAGCCGCAUCCCCCGCCUCGUCCUCCGGCCGCAGCCGCCGCAGCAGCGCAAGGUGUCGCCCGCCUCCGAGUCGCCCUUUUCGGAGGAGGAGAGCCGGGAGUUCAACCCGCUCAGCUCCUCCGGGGGCUCCGCCAGGACCAUCAGCAGCAACAGCUUCUGCUCAGAUGACACUGGCUGUCCUAGUAGCCAGUCAGUAUCUCCAGUUAAGACUCCUUCUGAUGCUGGACACAGCCCAAUCAGUUUUUGCACCGGUAGUGAUGGAGACUUCUCCAGGAAGAAAUUCAGUGCAGGAACAAUGAAUGAAGGAAACUCACAGCUGGCUCGAUAUAAGAAGGAUACAAAGACAAGCCUUGUAAAGCCCGGGAGUGAAGCUGAUUUUAGCUCUUCAAGCAGUACAGGCAGUAUUUCAGCUCCUGAAGUCCAUAUGUCUGCUGCUGGAAGUAAAAGAUCUUCUUUUUCUCGCAAUCGCGGCCCUUAUGGUCGGAAUAGUGGAUCCUCAUCCUACAAGUCUGGAGCCAGCCCACCUGCUUCCCGUGAAAAGGACCAUUUGUCAGCACUCUGCAGAAGUCAGCAGAAUCCUGGUAACAUCCAUCAGAAUUAUGGGGUUUCUUCUCCCAGUAGCAGUAACUCAGGCUCAUACAAAGGAAGUGACACCAGCCCAAUAAUGAGGCGAUCGGGGAGAUAUUUGACUUGUGUUGAUCACCACAGUGUUAAGUCACAAAAUCCAGAGCAGUAUUUGACUCCUCUGCAGCAGAAGGAAGUCACAGUACGGCAUUUGAAAACAAAGCUGAAGGAAUCUCAGAGCAAGCUCAAGGAAAGGGAGACUGAAAUAGAAGAGCUCAAAACUCAGCUAGGACGCAUGAGGGAAGACUGGAUUGAAGAAGAGUGUCAUCGUGUGGAGGCACAGCUGGCCCUCAAGGAAGCGAAAAAGGAAAUUAAACAACUCAAGCAGGUUAUUGAAACCAUGAAAAACAACUUGGCGGAGAAAGACAAAGGCAUUCAGAAAUAUUUCGUAGACAUAAACAUUCAAAACAAGAAACUGGAAUCUCUGCUGCACAGCAUGGAGAUGGCUCAGAACGGCUCCCUGCGGGAUGAGGAUGUGUCUGACGCACCAGGGAAGCCACUGGCACUGUAUACCAAGCUGCCAGACACCCUCAUUGCGGAGGAGCAAGCUUUGGAGGUUGAUAGUGGGGUGCUUCUAAAUGAGGACGUAGCUAAUGGAAACGAUUUGUUUCAAGAGACUUUCACCACUGCAGGCUCUGAGUUGGCUGAUCCAGCUUUCUUCAUCUCUGCUGUGGAUCAAGAGAUGCUUGAAAGCGUUCCUGCUGAAGAACUGAGGUCUUCUAGGAAGGAGGAGAGGAGCGACAUCGUGAUGGUGGAACAGUCCGUCCAGACCGACGUGGUGCCAUACAGCCUUAAUGUGGAGCGGCUCAUUCAGAACAUCUUCGGAUCUCAAGACGUCUCUCCUCUGAGCCCACCCUCCUCACUGAAGGAAUUGGGUGAUUUUUCUUCUGGAAGCUUUAGUGAUUCUGCUAUAGUAGUGGACUUAACUCCAAGUGAUCCAAACUCUGCUAUCCUUUUGUCUCCUAUGGAGUCUCCAUGCAGAAAGGUGGAUUAUGGAGUUGAUGAAAAUCAUGGCAUGAAAGAACUUGAUUUUACGGAAAUGCGUGAUGAAGUGUUUGGGUAUGUAAAUACUGCCUCUGAGACAGGAAUAAUGCAGAGGCACUGGAGUGGCAGUCUCCUUGUAGAUCUCCUGGCUGUAGCAGCCCCCAUUGUACCCACCGUCAUGUGGGUAUUUAGUACUCAGAGAGGAGGAGUAGAUCCCAUUUACAAUAUUGGAGCGUUGCUCCGUGGGUGCUGCCUGGUGGCCCUGCACUCAUUGCGUCGUACACCCUUCAAUAUUAGAACCUAAAUUCCACUGUCACUGGGCAGCAAUGGGCUGAGGUAGAGAGUGGGGGAUGAGAGAUACAAAAAGAUAUUGUAUAUUCUGGCAGAGUCCAUUGUUUUGCUCUUGAAUACUUGAUUUGCACUAUAAAUUGGUUCAAAAACAUGUUCUUGUUUCCAAAUGAAGAAAAUUGAACCCUGUAGUUCCACAGAAUGUUUUUAACUGACACAGCCCAGUACUGCUGCCUAUAGUAGUCAUCCUGCUCCCAGUCACCAGGUCCCUCCCUCUGCUGGUGCUUUUCUCAGACCAGCACAUCCACACGAGGAUCGGGGACAGCAGAGAGCUAGCACAGCUUUGUGGCUGUUUGCUGAGUUAGCCUUCAUCUCCCUUUCCCUGUCCAGUUCACUGAGCAAAUGCAUAAACUCUGUGCUCUGCCUCACAGGCACCACGAGGUGCAUAUGGGAACAAAAGGCCAGGGAAAGGUGGGAUACUUCUGUAGGCAACAGUAACAAAACAUUUGUGAAACUACAGUGUUAAGUAACAUGGAGACUCGUUUCCACUAAGUGUAUCACACAUGUACUCUAAAAAGCAUGCUAGCGCUUGCCGUUUGUUGUCUGAAGCAUCAAUCCAAUUUAAAGAAAAAAACUCUAUUUCCCGACAGCUUCCAGCACAUCCUUCAUGCCUGUCUUGUGUAGUGCUCUUCUAAAUCCUGCAAUUGCUUGAGCAUUCCACCAGUCUCGUGUGUAUAAGGACUGUAACCACAAUGUUCAUUUGUUGGGAGUCUUGAAACUGUUAGGACGAUAAAUAUAGGCGUGGAUACACUUUGAAUUUUAAUGUCGUUUUAGAGUCUUAAUGUAUUGGAACCUGAUAGUCAUUUGAACCCUGUGAAAUACCACCUAUAAAUGUAUUGUGUUUUAACUUAUUGUUUAUUUAAUUGCUUUAUUGUAAAUUACCUUUAUAAUCACAAAUUCAGUAAAGCAUGUUAGAAAUGUUAAGAAUCUAUGAGUGCUUUAUUGUAGCGAAGCUGCUAAAAAAUGCUCCAUUUCAGCUGAGACAUGGCACAUUCAGAGCAGGAGAGGCACCGCAUCAGGGCGUAAGGAAGACAUAGCAUCCUGAAGAGAGCUUGAUUGAAAAAAACCUGCUUCCAGCUCCAAGAGGAAGCACUGCACAGAGGGCUGUGCUAGCUCAGCAAUGCAGCUGCUGCCCCCUCAGCCGCACUCACACCACAGACAGAAGCAAGGGACCUAAUUAUUAACUCAGUGCAAUCCCAACUUGUAACUUCUCAUCUCAGCGCUUCAAGAAGUGUAUCAGGCUUCCUGGCAUUUCACAGAAAUCUAGAAGGCUUUGUGCAACAUGGCCGAGAGCUGCAAAGUCCCAAGUACACACUGAGAUGCACUGUGGCCCUCAAGCCAUAAACUCUCCGUGCCCAAAACUUGAGAUCUGUUCCUAAGAAGAGGCGACAUCAGGUGGACAUGGUGGAAUUGGCUCCAUGCAAACUUCCAGCAAUAUCUCUGGCCACCGAAACCUCGCUGCCCCCUCGCUCUCACCUACAGCCAAGCAAGUUUCCUCUGCAGUCCGGACCAGAAGAGGUCUCAUGAGGCCUGAUGGUACUGUGCAUUGCUUUGCAGCUUUUGAGAGCCGGGCUGUUACCAGUAAACCACAAAGAGAAGGAAUGAUGGGGCAGUACCUAGCAAGUACUCAAUGGCAACGAUCGUUUUUCUCUUUAAUUAGGUAUGACAAAAGGGCCAAAAUUAAUAUUAAUAGGCUUCCUUUUUCCAUGAAUUUCGUACAAACAUGGCUUUCCAUUAUUCCUAAAUGUCUCCUGUUGUGACUGAAAAAAAACAAUAUGGAAAGUGCUUUGGUCCUAUUUCAAAAUGUGAGGAAAUGGAGCAUCAUAUAUUAGAGAAAGUGAUCUUCAUGUCCAGGAGAAACAUUCACUGUGACUGCCCAGGUUCCUUUUGUAGCAAGAAGGUAACAGAGCAGCACAAACCUCUCUAAUGUUUAAAAUUCCAACAGCUUGAACUGAUUUUCAACCACACUAUGGCAGGCUCCAUUUAGCAGCAGUGUUUUUUAGAUGUGCUGUUUAAAAAAACAGAGCUAACACUAUAAUAACAUCAAAGUUGCUUCCAGCUUUUAAAAACACCUUCUGCAGUUCUGAGAAAGCAUUCAGUUGCAUUCAGGGAGAGGCUGCACAGCUCCCAACACAAAACAGGUAAAAACCUUGCUCUGAUCUUUACCCAACAUUCAGUUCUCUGCCAUGGCAGAAGGAAUCUGAGAAACACUGUUAACAGAACUACUAACUUCCACACUAGCUUUAUUAAUAUGAAGACUUUUUUCCCCAAUUACACUACCUAUGCCAUGAGUAUGAAGUCUAUAUCUUUACUAGCUGUAGGAAGUAAAGCAGUGUGCUAGAAAUGCAAAAUUACCAACACAAAUGAAAUGAUUACUCCCCUAUGCUCGCAUCAGCCUUUGUAACAGAUGAACAGAAUGCACCACUGUCAUACAGCAGUGCCACUGCCUGCAGCCACUGCAGUGUUGUCAGUAGGCAUGGCAGCACAGGAAGCUGCAAGAGACAAAAAGAUGGGAAAUCCAAUUAAGAGCUCAUCUAUAACCCUUCCUCCACCAAAGCACACACUGCCAGGAGUACACUUAUGGUCAUCCACAACAAGGUCUUCUCAUCUGUCCAGGUCAGUACGAUCUCUGAUGGAUAAUUCUAAAUGUAUAAAUACUUUUAUUUAAAAAAAAAAAAAAAAAAAAAAGAAGAAAAA